AUGGACGCCUUCGAGUACAACGCCAACCCUGGCCGCGUCGUCUUCGGCAGCGGCACCCUUCAGAAACUCCCCGACGAGAUCGCACGCCUGGACAAGAAGGCGCCCCUAAUCCUCUCGACUCCGCAGCAGGUCAGCCAUGCCGAGCGCGUGAAGGAGGUCCUGAAGGGCCAGGUUGCCGGGAUCUUCACAGAAGCGACUAUGCACACGCCCACGCAUGUCACAGACAAGGCGGUCGAAUACGCAAAGGCGCAGAAUGCCGACGUCGUUAUUUCGAUCGGCGGUGGGAGCACCAUUGGUCUGGGGAAGGCUAUCAGUAUCCGCACCGGGCUCUACCACGUCUGUAUUCCGACGACAUAUGCAGGUAGCGAGAUGACGCCUAUCUUGGGCGAGACGGCAGACGGGUUAAAGAAGACUCGCUCUGAUCCCAAGAUCCUCCCCGGUACUGUUAUCUACGACGUUGAUCUUACGAUGACACUGCCCGCUGCAAUGAGCGCAACGAGCGGUGUUAAUGCAAUUGCCCAUGCCGUUGAGGCACUCUACGCCCGCAACACCAACCCCGUAAUCAACCUUAUGGCUGUCGAAGGCACUCGCGCGCUGGCCUCAGCCCUACCCGAGAUUGUCGAGAACCCCUCCUCCCAAUCCGCUCGCUCGCUCGCCCUCUACGGCGCCUGGCUCUGCGGAACCUGCCUGGGCAGCGUGGGCAUGUCUAUCCACCACAAGCUCUGCCACACCCUUGGCGGUAGCUUCAACCUUCCGCAUGCGGAGACGCACACGGCCGUCUUGCCGCAUGCGAUAUCAUACAAUGCGCCGAAGAUCCCUGAGGCGAUGAAGAAGUUGGCUGAGGUGCUGCCUGAGAGCAACGGCGAUGCGAUCCAGGGCUUGAAUGUCUUGCUCACUAAGCUGAAGGUUAAGCGUGGUGUUAAGGCCUUUGGUAUGAAGGAGGAGGAUAUCGAUAAGGCGGCUGAUAUUGCUGUUGGCAAUCCUUAUUGGAACCCGAGGGAGAUCGAGCGCGAGCCCAUUCGGGAAUUGAUUCGACGAGUGUGGGCCGGAGAGCCAGCGAAAGCUGAUUUGUAGAGCUGGUUAUGCCUGUACAUAAGUUGAUAUAAACCCGUAAAUUUAGAAGUCUACAUAU